AUGUCCGAAGAACACACUCAUGAUUCCGGCGCGGGGGGACCUUCAAGCGACCCCGUGUGUACCCUGCAUUCCACAGAGAAACACAGUGAAACCCUCGCGGAUUCGAAAAGCAUAUUCGUCAAGCGAGCAAUCGAGGUGGCUGCGGAUAAGUUGGGCAGAAGAAGGUCGAUUGGGGCGAAGUCGCAGUUAACGCAGAGCCAGCCCGCAUUACCUGCAUCAAGCUCUACAUUCUCUCGUCUAAGACAUCGGAGGUCAGGCAAGGAGAAAGCGAAUGGGGAGGGCAGCGAAGCAAGAGAUGACGACUCACCAUUCAUCACACCUCGUUCACCAUCACUUGGCCCGAGGAGGCCUGACAUAGGCAUCUUCCGCGGUGCUGGUUCGAUUCGAGCAGGCACGCAAGCCUUGAUACAAGCCCUGCAGGCGAUGCCAUUAGCCGACUAUCAGGACGACGAUGACUACGUGCCGCAAGGCCAAAUAGCUGCUGAAACGUCUAGUGACGACGACGACGACGACAAACCUGGCAGUAGACUCGCUUCCUCAAUCCACGCGAUAUACCGUCCCCUUGCGCGUUCUAGAAGGCGCCUAUCGUCGUCCUUGUUCCCUCGGAACAGGAGUCCUUUACCCAGAGUGUCCGAUCAAGAUGAACCAUCGCGUCCAGAAACAGUACUUUCGGAUGAAGAUCUGGAAGACGACUUCGAACCAGCUUCGCCCCCCGCGUCUGACAUCACUGGUCCUGAGCUAGGAAGUCAGGAGCUCACGUCAUCCCAAUUGCAACCUGGAGUGGAUGCGUCAGUGACGUGGAGUCGCAAGCGAGUCAGCAGGUCAGGAAGUAUGGCAACUGUGAAGAUGCAGCGGAGGGCACGUCUUGCGGAGAAGUUGAGAGAUGUUUUCCAACUGGCAGGCAUACAAGAGGUUGUUGCAGAGAUUCCAUGUUGGCUUCUCCGUUCCGCAUUAUUGCAGGGUUAUCUGUAUCUGACAGACUCUCAUCUGUGUUUCUUUGCACAUAUGCCAUCGAGGGAGGAUCAAACCCUGAAGUCUGGGUAUAUAUCGAAGAAGGCGCGUACGAAACGAUGGGUCAGACGGUGGUUCAUCCUCAAGAAUGAUGUGCUAUCUUGGUACUUAUCGCCAACGGAUCCGUAUUUCCCGCACGGCAUCGUGGAUCUGCGUUAUGCCAUGACCUGUGAACCUAUAUAUGAGAAGGAUAUCCGCAUUAGGACAAAUCAGAAGACCAUUAGGUUGUCCGCAGAAUCUGUUACAAGCCGGGAUGAAUGGGUGAAGGCAAUUCUCAAGGUUAUGAUGAGAGUACAGAAUAUGGGUGAUAGUGUCAAGAUUGCGAUCCCAUACUCAACAAUCAUUGACGUAGAGAAGUCUUCGGCGAUGGACUUCAGCGAGACAAUCGAGAUCAAGGUAGUCGACAGGAGUGAUCGGGUGCCUGUUGAUUCCUACUUCUUCGCAUACUUCAACGAUCUUGAAGCUGCCAUGAAGCAAAUCCGUGACGCGGUGCGGAAGCAUAGGUUCAGUCCCCAAGACGCAACUCCUACCGUCAUUGAUACCACUUUCUCGCGGUCGACACAGUCUAGUCCUCCUUCUGCCAUACGCUCUCAGAGUUCACCUGCUGUGGAACAGGGGACGAAGUCACCUUCGGCUUUCAGAUUUCCCGCGUUCUUUCGGCCUCUCCAGGAGUCUGUUCCCCUCGGCCGAGCUGCAACGCCUGCGGAGCGCAGUGAGAAUGAGGAAUUCACACAUGUGCACAAGAGAGGGUCGUCUUCUUUCAUGGCUAUGACUGCCUCGCCAGAGUCAUUGCUAUUUUCCAACUCACAGGUCACACGGAGCCCAGAGAGCACUCAGGAUGGACUACCCGCCAGCUCGACGCCGGCGUCGUCCUCCUCGCAUCACACGUAUCCACCAUCCACUACUCCAUCCCCCACUGCGUCGCAGCUGACCGUUUCUCCCACUCGAGAAAGUGGGUUUAUUACGUGGAGUGUGGGCGUUCCUUCCUGGCUUAGGAUGCCCUCCAUACCCUCACGAAAGACCCUUAGUAAUGCCUUGAGUGGCAUACGAUAUGGUGCAGAUCCUACAACGUUAUUUGCUGGCAACAGCACAGAAGGAGUCUCGGAGGUGGUAUCAUCAAAUACCGGCUCUGACAAUCGGACGUCUGGUAGCGGUGAAGCAAACGAUUUCGGAUACUUCAGUGUACUGCACACACCGGACGCCGCCCCUGACUUGGAGACUGUGCGCAAGUUCCGUGACUCCUUUGCUUUCGAUGGCAAGGAGAGUCUGUUUGGAGUCUUCCCCGGAUAUCUUUUCCGACUAUUGCCUGUGUACGGCCGAUUUUACGUGUCCAGUGGUUUCCUCUGUUUCAAGUCUACAGGACCGCUCAGCACUCGGACCAAGAUGGUCUUGCCGCUCAAAGAUAUAUUAUCCACCGAGAUGUCUAAGGCAGUAGGGAUUGGUCGUCUUGGGUUGGUCGUAAUGGUCAGAGGACACGAAGAACUCUUCUUCGAGUUUGCCGACGAAGGUCGGCGAGCUGCAUUCGUCGACCUCUUAGAUCGACAGCUCGAAGACACCCGCCAUCCGUCUCAUUCGUGCGAUGAUGAUGAAGCCACCUCGGGUCGGAGCGACGCUCUCAUCCUUGAAGAGUUCGGGCCACGCAAGUCCGUGGAAAGCAUUACCGGAAAUAAGGAAGGAUCAGAAGGCGCUAUGUCGAGCUCAUUACCUGCUGUCAUGUUCAAUUCUACAUCGUCAACCUUCCUGACCUUCAGACCCACACAGUCCUUACGGUUCACCUUCUUGACCAUUGGUUCUCGCGGCGACGUUCAACCAUAUAUUUCACUAGCCAAGGGUUUGAUGAAGGACGGCCACCGUUGCCGAAUUGCUACACAUGGCGAGUUCAGAGAGUGGAUCGAAGGCCAAGGAAUCGAGUUCGGAUAUGUGGGCGGCGAUCCGGCUGAACUGAUGCGGAUAUGCGUAGAGAAUGGCACUUUCACUGUCGCAUUUCUCAGAGAGGGUAUGCUCAAGUUCCGCGGAUGGGUGGAUGACCUCCUCCAAACAUCAUGGGAAGCUUGCCAAGACACGGAUGUAUUGAUAGAAAGCCCCAGCGCUAUGAGCGGCUUUCACAUUGCUGAAGCACUGAAGAUCCCUUACUUCAGGGCCUUCACGAUGACUUGGUCACGGACGAGAGCGUACCCUCAUGCCUUUGCUGUUCCCGACCAUAAGAUGGGCGGUAACUACAAUUAUAUGUCAUACGUCUUGUUCGAUCAAGUAUUUUGGCGGGCGACUGCAGGCCAGAUCAACCGCUGGCGGAGGAACACGUUGGGUCUUCCUAGUACAAGUCUCGACAAGAUGGAGCCGCACAAGAUACCGUUCCUGUAUAAUUUCAGCACCAAGGUUGUUCCCCGGCCCAUAGACUGGCCUGAAUGGAUACAUGUGACCGGCUACUGGUUCUUAGACGAUGCGGAAGUUAGCUCCAAGAAAUGGGCUGCCCCUCCCGACCUCAUUGAGUUCCUAGAGAAUGCCCGCAAAGAGAGCAAAAAGAUUGUGUACAUUGGCUUUGGUAGCAUCGUGGUGUCCGAUCCGAAGGCUAUGACGCGCUGUGUCAUUGAUGCCGUUGUUCGAAGCGGCGUCUACGCCAUUCUAUCCAAGGGAUGGUCAGAUCGGCUUGUGAAGACCAACACGGAAGCAUCCGAGCCAGAGGAGCCUCUGCCGAAGCAGAUCUAUCCGGUCGCAUCGAUUCCUCAUGAUUGGCUUUUCCGGCGUGUAGACGCUGCUUGUCAUCACGGUGGUGCAGGCACAACAGGUGCUAGCUUGCGUGCCGGCAUCCCCACCAUCAUCAGGCCAUUCUUUGGCGACCAGUUCUUCUGGGGAGAUCGCGUUGAGGCGCUGGGUGUUGGCACUGCUCUUAGGAAGCUGACGGUUGAGAGUCUCACGCAGGCUUUGAUUGCUGCGACUACCGACCAGAAGCAGAUUGAGCGUGCUCGGGAACUGGGCGAGAAGAUCCGUGCAGAGGACGGCGUUGCCACUGCAAUUGAAGCCAUAUACCGAGACCUUGAAUACGCGCGGUCAUUGGUGAAGGGCGGUAUCUCCGACGAUCCUCAAGAUGGUGAUGCUCAUGGCGAGGACGCAACAAUACGCGAGUACAAUCCCUCGUCAUCACCUGAACAGCAAGAACCGGUUUCUGGUCGCAGUUCUCCCCUUUCUUCUCAUGACCCUCACGACACUACCAGCGACUGGAGUGUCAUUUCUGGCUCAGAGCCAGAGUGAUUACACUAGCGCUGGACAUGCCCCCUUUUUUGUUGUUGCCGUUCACAUAUAUGUUGUGCAUCUACGUCCUGUGUCGUGCUCCGCUCAUCUCAACUCAGCAUUUACGGUAGACCCUAGUAACUCCCCGGAUGGCUCGUUUCAUGUUUCCCAGU